CUGAGGAGGCGCGACCUGGGGCGCUCGGCUGCCGGAGACCGAGGCUACCUGAGGCGCCGCGAGCCGAGACCAUGUUCCGAGCGGUGUCGACGAGGCGGCUGCAGCGGGCGGCCUUAUUGCUGCGAUUUCAGAGUACCCUGGUAAUAGCUGAGCAUGCAAACGAUACCGUAGCACCCAUUACAUUAAAUACCGUCACUGCAGCCAAACGUCUUGGAGGUGAAGUGUCUUGCUUAAUAGCUGGAACCAAAUGUGACAAGGUGGCACAAGAUCUCUGCAAAGUAUCAGGUAUAACAAAAGUUCUGGUGGCUCAGCAUGAUGCAUACAAGGGCCUUCUUCCAGAGGAACUGACACCAUUGAUUUUGGCAACUCAGAAGCAGUUUGGUUACACACACAUCUGUGCUGGAGCAUCUGCCUUUGGAAAGAACCUUUUGCCCAGAAUAGCAGCCAAACUCGAUGUUGCCCCAAUUUCUGACAUUAUUGCGAUCAAGUCACCUGACACGUUUGUGAGAACUAUUUAUGCAGGAAAUGCUUUAUGUACAGUGAAGUGUGAUGAAAAAGUGAAGGUGUUCUCUGUCCGAGGAACAGCUUUUGAAGCUGCAGCAACAAGUGGAGGUAAUGCCAGCUCAGAAAAAGCAUCAAGUAUCUCUCCGGUGGGGAUAUCAGAAUGGCUUGACCAGAAAUUAACGAAAAGUGAUCGACCAGAGCUAACUGGUGCCAAAGUGGUGGUAUCUGGUGGUCGGGGUUUAAAGAGUGGAGAGAACUUUAAGUUGCUAUAUGAUUUGGCAGAUCAACUACAUGCUGCAGUUGGUGCUUCUCGUGCUGCUGUGGAUGCUGGCUUUGUUCCCAAUGACAUGCAAGUUGGACAGACAGGAAAAAUAGUAGCACCAGAACUUUAUAUCGCUGUAGGAAUAUCUGGGGCCAUCCAACAUUUAGCUGGCAUGAAGGACAGCAAGACAAUUGUGGCAAUUAACAAAGACCCAGAAGCUCCAAUUUUUCAGGUGGCGGAUUAUGGAAUAGUUGCUGAUUUAUUCAAGGUAGUUCCUGAAAUGACCGAGCUAUUGAAGAAAAAAUGAGUCGUGAUCAUGUCUUAAGAAGAAAAAUUAUGAGAGUAUUCAGCUGAAAUGAUAGAUAUUCAUGGCUUUUAUAACAAUCAGUGGGAAGCUGCAUUUCUGACAGAUGCCAGAAGGCUUGUUUAUGGGGCUGUCAUGUUUCUUUUUAAGUGUGAUUCCAAACAAUUAUUUUUGAAAUUUUCUAAUUCUAUAAUAAAAU